CUGGAAGCUAUUUGACCACGUGACUGAAGAGACGUUUCUAUCGCUGUUAGCAGCCAUCAUUUCACCCAAUACAAGUCUAUGCUAAAAACACAUAGAGAGAGGAUAACAGACUAGUCAUGGAUUUGCACGGGAAUAACGACUGAAAGGAACAUAUUCACUCCACUCUUUCGCCUAUGCUUUAUUUUCCGGUGAGCUUAACUAGCAGCUGCUUUGACUUGGUUUCCCAGCAACCACUGGCAUAAAAACAGCGGCCUUGGCCUCCUUAUUGGCGGAGGGGCAUAGGUGAAGGAGUGGACACUGACUGCCACCUUUCUCUGUUAUUUACUUUAUAACGAGGGGGAAUAAGGUGCUAAUAAGACCACCCAGAGCAUGGGGCAGAAGGUUCCGGGAGGCAUAAAGACUGUGGACAUGCGGGACCCGGCGUUUCAGCCUCUCAAGCUGGAGCUGCAGGCCCUGGACUACAUCAAGCCAUCCCGCUUGGAUAUGUUGUUGGACAUGCCAUCAGCCUCACAGGAAGUCCAAGUUCAGCACUCGUGGAACAACGAUGACCGCUCUCUAAACAUAUUUGUUAAAGAGGACAAUAAACUCGUAUUCCACCGGCACCCUGUAGCACAGAGUACAGAUGCUAUCCGGGCCCAAGUGGGAUACACACGGGGACUGCAUGUGUGGGAGAUCAGCUGGGCCAUGCGCCAGCGGGGCACCCAUGCAGUUGUUGGUGUGGCGACGGGUGAAGCACCGCUGCAUUCUGUAGGAUACACUGCACUUGUAGGAAACAAUAGUGAGUCCUGGGGCUGGGACCUGGGACGUAACAAACUCCAUCACAAUGGCAAGAACCAGCCCAGUAGGACGUAUCCAGCUUUUCUUGAGCCUGAUGAAACCUUUAUCGUCCCAGACUCAUUUUUGGUGGUCCUGGACAUGGAUGAGGGGACUUUAAGUUUUAUUGUUGACGGACAAUAUUUAGGGGUUGCGUUCAGAGGACUAAAAGGAAAGAAGCUAUACCCUGUAGUGAGUGCUGUGUGGGGACACUGUGAAAUCCGAAUCCGGUACAUCAAUGGACUUGAUCCUGAACCUCUGCCGUUAAUGGACCUCUGUAGGCGCUCUGUGCGGGUCGCAUUGGGAAGAGAGCGACUGAGUGAAAUCCAUGGACUGCCCUUACCUGCUUCCCUUAAGAACUACUUGCUCUACCAAUGAUGAUAGUAGUGCCUUUACUACCAUUCAAGGCAUAGUGUCCACCUGUAUUUCUCUCUGGGAUUAAUCAUCUUUCUGGCAAGCCUGUUUCAUUACAUCUUUGUUUGUUUUCGGUGCCAUUCUUGGUCACUGGGCAUGGUACCAAUAAUAUUUUUUACAAAUCAGACUGAGGACAUCUCUUGCUUGAUGCUUUCAGGAUCAAGUGUGGCAUGGUCUCUAGUUGCUUUACUCGUAUACUGGAAAUCCACCUUGAAGGCUUUCGCCGGAAUCUAAUGGCAGAUAUGAAAACAAGAACCCUUCUCCUCUCCA